GGCUACGUGGAGUGCAAUCCGGAUGGGUGGGUGCAGAUGUCGGAUCUCUUAAAGGCCGAGAUCCUGGAAGGAGUUUCCCGUGAGACCAUCGACAGGGUCAUCAUCGACUCCAACGCGAAGAAGCUGCGGCGCCCGAGGGAGGGGCGGCGCCGAGGGGCUCACGAUUCCGCUGCAGCGACGGGUGGCGGACAGGUCCUUGACGCAAGGCCUGGCCCGGCGGCACUCCUGGUCUGGCUGCGUAUUCGAGUUUAA